CAAGGGGUCUGAGACAAGAGGCAAUUUAGGAAGCCCAAGAUGUGCACGAAUGGGAACCCCGGAGACAGGGAGAAGGAGAAAGGAAGUGAGGAGCCCGAGAGGCAGAAGCAAGGAGCCCAGGAAACAGCACCAGCGAGGAGAAGCUUCCUAGGAGUCCAAGUUAUACCAGACUGUAGCCCCAGGCCCCAGCGCUGUGUCUGGGAAUUGCACGGACCACUGGUUCCCUGGAAACAGACUAGAGAGUUGGAUCGUCCUGGGCCCCUCCCUGUGUAGAGCUGAGAUGGCUCAAGCCUGACAUUCCAUGAUCCAGGACCCCGGCAGGUGUGCACAGGCUGCCAUUGGAGCUGCUGUGCAUGAUUUAAAGUCAGAGGUUGUCAGGGGCCAAGAAAGGAGUCAUUCCCUCUGCCUGGAUGUGUGGGAACUCCCUGCCAACUUGAUUGGUGGAUCUGGGGGGGAUCCACCCCCACCCCAGAAGGAAAGCCGUCUAUUUCCUGGGUGGAGCUUCAGGUGCCAUCCAGCUGGAGGAUGGCCACCCCUGUGGUAACCAAGACCGCCUGGAAGUUGCAGGAGAUUGUCGCCCACGCCAGCAAUGUGUCCUCACUGGUGCUGGGCAAGGCCUCUGGGCGGCUGCUGGCUACAGGCGGGGAUGACUGUCGUGUCAACCUGUGGUCCAUCAACAAACCCAACUGUAUCAUGAGCCUGACAGGCCACACGUCCCCAGUGGAGAGUGUCCGCCUCAACACCCCGGAGGAGCUCAUCGUGGCUGGCUCCCAGUCAGGCUCCAUCCGUGUCUGGGACCUAGAAGCUGCCAAAAUUCUCCGCACGCUCAUGGGACACAAAGCCAACAUCUGCAGCCUGGAUUUCCACCCUUAUGGCGAGUUUGUGGCCUCGGGCUCCCAAGACACAAACAUCAAGCUCUGGGACAUCAGGAGGAAAGGCUGCGUCUUCCGGUACAGGGGGCACAGCCAGGCCGUGCGCUGUCUCCGCUUCAGCCCCGAUGGGAAGUGGUUGGCGUCAGCUGCAGAUGACCACACAGUAAAGCUCUGGGAUCUGACUGCUGGCAAGAUGAUGUCUGAGUUUCCUGGCCACACAGGGCCCGUCAAUGUGGUGGAGUUUCACCCCAACGAGUACCUCCUUGCUUCUGGCAGCUCUGAUAGGACAAUCCGCUUCUGGGAUCUAGAGAAGUUCCAGGUGGUGAGCUGCAUCGAAGGGGAGCCGGGGCCUGUCAGGAGCGUCCUGUUCAACCCCGACGGCUGCUGCUUGUACAGCGGCUGCCAGGACUCACUGCGUGUCUAUGGCUGGGAGCCUGAGCGCUGCUUUGACGUGGUCCUGGUCAACUGGGGCAAAGUGGCUGACCUGGCUAUCUGCAAUGAUCAGCUGAUCGGUGUGGCCUUCUCCCAGAGCAAUGUCUCCUCUUACGUGGUGGACCUGACACGGGUCACCAGGACAGGCACAGUGGCCCAGGACUCCAUCCAGGACAGCCGGCCCCUGGCACAGCAGCUGCCCCAGCCCAGCGCACCUUUGCGGCGCAUCUAUGAGCGGCCCAGCACCACCUGCAGCAAGCCGCAGAGGGUGAAGCAGAACUCUGAGAGUGAGCGACGCAGCCCCAGCAGUGAGGAUGACCGAGACGAGCGGGAGUCUCGAGCAGAGAUCCAGAAUGCUGAAGACUACAAUGAGAUCUUCCAGCCCAAGAACAGCAUCAGUCGAACACCACCUCGAAGGAGCGAGCCCUUCCCAGCGCCCCCAGAGGAUGACUUGGCCACAGCAAAGGAGGCAAAGCCCAGCCCAGCCAUCAAUUCACAGUUCCCGGUGCCAAAUGUAGAGGUCCUGCCUCGGCCACCAGUCGUGGCCUCCCCGCCACCCCCCAAGGCCGAGCCUGCCAUCAUCCCUGCCACCCGGAAUGAGCCCAUCGGUUUGAAGGCCUCCGAUUUCUUGCCCCAGGCUGUGAAGAUCCCCCAACAGGCAGAGCUGGUGGACGAGGAUGCCAUGUCACAGAUCCGAAAAGGCCAUGACACCAUGUGCGUGGUGCUCACCAGCCGCCACAGGAACCUGGACACUGUGCGGGCCGUGUGGACCACAGGCGACAUCAAGACGUCAGUGGACUCAGCCGUGGCCAUCAAUGACCUGUCGGUGGUGGUGGACCUCCUCAACAUCGUCAACCAGAAAGCCUCCCUGUGGAAGCUGGAUCUGUGCACCACAGUCCUGCCGCAGAUCGAGAAACUUCUGCAGAGCAAGUACGAGAGCUACGUCCAGACAGGCUGCACUUCCCUGAAGCUGAUCCUGCAGCGGUUUCUGCCCCUGAUCACAGACAUCCUGGCGGCCCCCCCCUCCGUGGGUGUGGACAUCAGUCGGGAGGAGAGGUUACACAAGUGUCGGCUGUGCUACAAGCAGCUCAAAGGCAUCAGCAGUCUGGUCAAGAGCAAGUCAGGCCUGAGCGGCCGCCAUGGCAGUGCCUUCCGUGAACUGCACCUGCUCAUGGCCAGUCUGGACUGAGGAGCCCAGCUGGCUGGGGCCUAGCCUCAACCUCCAUUCCUGAUGUGUGUGGGCCUGUGGGCCUGGGAGCCUCUGCCUGCCCCCACUACUGCCCAGUGGCCAUCCUGGAAGCAGUGGCACUGGCCCACUGGCCACCACCACAGCCCUGGACUCUCAGACCACUUCUCUCCAGCAGUGGCUACCUGGCUUUGCCUAGCUCUUGCUUCUGGGGGGGCAGCAGGCCGAUCCCUAGGGCUACUGCUGUAAUUUAUAAGGUGGAUUUUAUUAAAUUUGUAACUAUC